UGGGUCUGUCAAGCAGAGGAGGGGAGCAGCCACACUCCGCAUUGUACAGGGAGCCCGGUGCCCCGGUCCCGUGCCCAGUCACCGGCAGGCAGCAGCAGGGGGAGCCAAGCCAGCCAGAAGCAGCUGCAACAGCAGCACCACCCCCUGCUUGUGUGAUCCAUGCUCCGGUCUCUGUAGCCUGGGCGGCUCACCUGCUCUGCACUUCGGCACAUCGCGCGGGACAGCUGAGGCGCAGGAGCUCGCACUCCACACGCAGGGACAGCACAAGCCUCCGGGAGCGCAGCCGCUCGUACCUUGGGUGACACCGGAAGUCUUGUAAGAGGAAUUGAGAAUAAGGCAGCGGGCUCCUUGUCUACAACUCCCCAGUUCGUUGCCGUAUCCCAGGCGGUUGUUGUUGCCAUGGCUCGGGAAAACGGGGAGAACAGCAGCUCCUGGAAGAAGCAGGUGGAGGACAUCAAGAAGAUCUUUGAUUUCAAAGAGGUUCUAGGCACGGGAGCCUUUUCAGAAGUUGUUUUAGCUGAAGAAAAAGUGACUGGUAAACUUUUUGCAGUGAAAUGCAUCCCGAAGAAAGCUUUAAAGGGGAAGGAAAGCAGCAUAGAGAAUGAAAUAGCCGUACUGAGGAAAAUCAAACAUGAGAACAUCGUUGCCUUGGAGGAUAUCUAUGAGAGCCCCAGCCACUUGUAUCUGGUCAUGCAGCUCGUUUCUGGAGGUGAGCUAUUUGACAGAAUAGUGGAGAAAGGAUUUUACACGGAGAAAGAUGCUAGCACCCUCAUCCGACAGGUUUUGGAUGCUGUUUUUUACCUUCACAGGUUGGGUAUUGUGCACAGAGAUCUUAAGCCUGAAAACCUGCUAUAUUUUAGUCAGGAAGAGGAAUCAAAAAUUAUGAUCAGCGAUUUUGGGCUUUCAAAGAUGGAAGGUAAAGGCGAUGUGAUGUCCACAGCCUGUGGGACCCCAGGGUAUGUUGCUCCAGAAGUGCUAGCACAGAAGCCUUACAGCAAAGCUGUAGACUGUUGGUCUAUUGGAGUGAUUGCAUACAUUCUCCUCUGCGGUUAUCCCCCUUUCUACGAUGAGAAUGACUCCAAACUAUUUGAGCAGAUUCUUAAAGCUGACUAUGAGUUUGAUUCUCCGUACUGGGACGAUAUCUCCGAAUCUGCUAAGGACUUUAUACAUCACUUGAUGGAGAAGGAUCCCAGCAAGAGAUACACAUGUGAACAGGCUCUACGACAUCCAUGGAUUGCCGGAGAUACAGCCUUAUGCAAAAAUAUACAUGAAUCUGUCAGUGCUCAAAUCCGGAAGAACUUUGCAAAAAGCAAAUGGAGGCAAGCAUUCAAUGCCACAGCGGUUGUGAGACAUAUGAGGAAAUUGCACCUUGGUAGCAGUCAAGACAGUUCAAACAUGUCUAGUGGUCACAGCCCCGCAAGCCCUCUUCCAGAUGGAAUGAAUCGCAAAGACUGUAAAUCCCCAUCUAAUCCCUAUAGUUUCUUGUCAGGCGUUUCCUCCUCCUCCACAGCCAUUUCUGCAGUCGGCGGAGAUCGGAGACCGAGGCCAACCUCUGUCACGACGGUGCUUUCUGGGAGCAAGUGAUCAGCCAAAGAGAAGCAGGGCAGGGACGGAGUGUAUGCGCUGCGUGUGAUUUCAUUCUAAAUUGUGCACUCCAGGAUGGAAUUUUUUUAUGGCCAUAUUUUAUACUGCAACAAAAAUGGUUUAAUGUAUUAUAAACUUAAAUGACUCUAUCUCCACCUAGGCAAAAAGUAAUUUCUCCAUAUGGGGCGCCGCACCUUGCAAUGUUCUUACUACUGGACGUUACGUUUUUUUCUGAUAAUCUUGCUUUAUUCUCAAUAUUGGUAAUGGUACUGUUUAUGUUGUAUUUUUUUCCAUUAAUUGAGGUCUCAACUGGAUUAUUUAAUACAAAUUUGUGUGCAUUA